AUGUGCUUGCGGUUCGCUCUACAUCCACUCUUGAAAACAUCUCACCGCAUAACGGCUGUACCCAAGAGAGCGUCCAGUGGUGGCCAAAUGAACGGUGAUGUCAACCAAAAUUCAGUCAACAAGCAAUUGUCCGCCAGAGUAGCCAAGGUCGAUGGUGAUGACAAGAAGGCUCGAUUGUCUGCUAGGUCAGCAGCAGCAUGCAGACGGAGGAUGAGAAAACCAAGACUGACGUACUAUCUUUCUCUCGCCGUUUGUCGGCUCAUCAUAUCUUGGACGUUCGGGCCUAUUAGCCUUAUUAUCAUCAAGCCAUUGAAAGAGUUGACGAAGGAUGGAUUCAACUACCACACGCUCUUGUUGGAGCGAAACUCCACCAAAGGUUCUUUUCUGUCGGCGCAUGUGUUCCCAGGAGGAAAUAUUGAAAAAGACGACUCCACGAUGGAAACGUCGAUUGAUCCAAAUCGUAGCGUCAUUCGUUCAUUGAAAACAUGCGCAAUACGAGAAACUUUCGAGGAAUGUGGCAUCCUGGUCGGCACAACGGUGGUGGACCAUGAUAAAAGCACUCUAACCAACUCGAUCAUAUCCGACUGGCGUCAACGAAUUCUGUAUGGAUCGGAAUCCUUUUCGAAUUUCGUCAAGAUGAUCAAGAAGGAGUUUGGUCGCGAUCUGAAGUUGGACGCAUUAACGCAUCAUGCAAAUUAUCUCACUCCUCUCGCAUUGCCCAUGCGAUGGGACACGCACUUUUUCAUGUAUAUUUGUCCACCUGAUUCUACAAGCUCAGAUACCAAUUCCGAGGCAAUAGGUAUCGAGCAAGCCAAUGUGGAUGGACUUGAGACAGUUUCGAUGCGAUGGUUAACCCCUUUAGAAGGUAUCAAGCUGGCAACGUCCUCGUCCACCACCGAUCCGGAGCAUCAAGGAUUAAGGCUUGCACCUCCACAAUUUUAUCUUCUUGCAGAGUUAUGCUCAAAAUUAGAUUACAAUUCAAUCUUCAAUCAGGAUAAUAUUCCUACAAGGGUGGAUGAGAGUUGCAAUGUUGAUGGAAUGGUAGGGAGCACACGUCGAAUAAUCGAAUUUAUUCCGGAGAUGAUCAAGCCUCAAUCUCAGAAUUCCAAUGAAAAUAGUAUGAGUAUCAAAGCGAUUUCCUUUCAAUUAGUCUUACCUGGCGAUCCUCAACAUUCAAGCACAAAUAAAAUCAUCAAGAAUUCACCACAUUUGACAAAUCAGACAAAUGGAUUCAAACACAGAGUUUACAUUCGUCCUCCAACCCGGUCGCCAUCAAAGUCUAGUUUUUUUAUUCCAAUUGGUAUUGAACGGAUUGGGAUGGAGAAUAUCUUGGGAAAGGGGUGGGAAGAUGUUGUGAUUGGUGAAGUAGAUUAA